AGUCAUGUGGCCCUCCGAUGGUUAUGAUGAAAAAUGUGGCCCUCUUUAUCAUGAAAGUCGCCCAUCCCUGCUCUAGCUGGUUUUGAUCCAUGGUUAUUGGUGUGUUGUUCUUGUUGUUGAUUCGCAUUACUUUGGUUUUUGAUGAGUUGAUUUUAAGCCCAAGCGAAGCAGCAGUUAUCUCCAGGUUGUGUGAUUUGUCCUGCAGCUGUUGGUGGGUGUGUGCAAGUAGUGCCAAAUCAUCAGCAAAAUCCAGAUCCUCUAGCUGUUCGGUCAGGCUCCACUGUAUGCCGGUUUGGCUGCUGUUGGUUACCUGCUUCAUAGUCCAGUCUAUGAAGAUGAGGAAGAGGAAGGGUGAAAGCAAGCAUCCCCGCCGCACCCCAGUCAGGACCUCAAAGGCCUCUGAUACGCAUCCUUCAUGGAGAACUUGACAUUGCAUCCAAAUGAUCUACUGUUCCUGAAGCUGGCCUGGUUUUCCCUCAGUUUCUCAUCCACCGCCUUCUGGAGUCUCUUGAGCAUAAUGCGGUUGAGCACCUUCCCUGUGUACCUUCCUCAAUGAUGGAUAUCCUUCUGAGUCCAAGGAAGAGAAGGAGAGAUGUUAAGUGUGUUGUGGUGAGAGACACACAGGCAAAGGCCAGUCCCUCAACACUCAGCUCUCGAGAGGACAGCAUACUCGAUUCCAGCUUGGAGGCAAUGUUAAGAGAUCAGAAACAGCUGGCUGCCUUCCGUGCCUUCCUGCGCUCGGAGUUCAGUGAGGAGAACUUGGACUUCUGGCUGGCCUGUGAGGCCUUCAGGGAUACCAGCUCCUCAGGGGAACGCGGCUGGAAGGCAGAACACAUCUACCAGGAGUUCCUUCACCCCAACGCACGGAGAGAGGUUAACGUGGACCACUUGACCAGGGAGAAGAUCCAGGGCCUCCUGGCAGAGCAGCGUCCCCCGGCCUGGUGCUUCGCCGAGGCCCAGAGAAACAUCUACCUGCUGAUGGAGAGGGACACCUGGCCCCGCUUCCUUCGCUCUGGUGCCUGUAACGGUCUGAGUCAAAAGACCAGCACCGUGUGGUACAUCUAACCCCCCAGGCUGAGCAAUGUUGUGUGGGAAAUAUGACUGAAAUAUGGCCAGAUAUGGGGAAUAUUAUUUAAAGUUCUUGGAAUAUAUUCUUGGAAUUUAUUCUUGGAUUUCUAUUCUUGGAAUUUGUUCUUCGAAUUGAUUGGGUGACCUAGUUCCAGUAAACUGUGUAUCCGACAAAUUAUUUGGGGCAUUAUUAUAAAGGAAAAAUCAUUACAGUUUCUGUCUACUGUUUACAUAUAUUUCGGUUGAGAUAAGAUUAACGGGAAUUAAGGAAUGUGAUUUUUUAUUCAAUUAAAUUAAAUUAAACCCUAGUGACAAAAUGAAUACUUUGAUUGAGGUCAAGAUUAAGAUGUCUUAUCCCUUCAAGUAAAAGCUAACACUAAGGCCACUUUUAUUUUAUAAAUUAUUGUAUGAUACAUUGAAAUGUGGGUGGAACGAUCAUGCAGGGAAGGUUGAGGGGGGAGACAGGUGAAAAACUGAAAAGCUUGAGUAUGUGUCAGGAUGGAAGUGAAGUAGUACUGUGUGAGAGCACAACUUCUGAACUCAUACAGGAGAUAGGGAUGGAGAUGAGCAAGGGAAUUAGUGAUGUUUGUUAUAAGUUGAGUUUGAAGACAGUUAUUAAAAAAUAUACCUGAGCUGUCGAUAUUUUGGGUAGGUGAUCAAUGAAUUCUGCUAAUGGCAAACAAAGAACGAGAAACAAGGAAUAGCAGUUAAUGUUACAAUUAGGGCUACUUCAUUUCAAUCUUCAUUACUUUUGUAUAAUGUAGCCGAUAAAACCUGGAAUUAUUUGUAACCCCAUUUAAAAGACUGUGUGUGCGAACGUUCUUGUUGAUUAAUAAUAAAUCAGGAGGUCAUGACUGAAAUGUUAAA